AUGGACCGCAUUUUCUACAAAUCCGCCGUCCUGGACGCCUACACGGGCUACCCCAUCUAUAUUUUUGACACAUCGUAUCUUCCCGUGCCCGAAGAGGUCGACUAUGACCUCUUUGUGCCGGCGCUAAUGGUACUUCUACCCGACGAGCCCUACGUGGUGGUGAUGUUCAACGGGGGCCUCAAUAAGAUCAACUGGAUCUGGGGCAUCAAGUUUCUCCGCUCGUUUUUGUCGCCGGACUCCAAGAACGUGCGUAGCGUCGAUAAUCUCCAUAUGAUCAUCGCAGUGCAUGAGAGCUGGUUUGUGCGGUCGCUCUCGCAGAUCUUCACCAACUUUGCGUUUUCGAAGUGGGCCAACCUCAAUUUUUUGUCUGAUACCCGUAGAAAGAACCUCUUGGUCAGCUGUUCCACGUUGAGCGACCUCCACUCGUAUGUAGAUAUCACCACCUUGAAGCUCUCGCUCAACGUAUACAUCCACGAUGCGCAGAUCUCCAUGAGUCCCGAGUUGUGUCUCUCGCCUGCUCCUGCCUCCGUGGUCUGUCCUUCGACAACGUUUGAUGUGCGCGAGUUCCCGCUAUUCUACCAUCACUUCUACCAGGUGUUCCAUAUCGUCAACACCUAUGCUGCCGACGUGGAGAUGUUAUUCCACAGACCUGGCAACAAGCUCCACACGUCCAUACUUUACGCGUGCAUGAUGCGAAACCAGCUCGUCUGGAUUAACGACUGGGAUCUCAACUGUAUUGCCUCGUGCUUCAAGAAGCUUCUUCGCGAGGUCCACGGGCCUCUUAUCUCGGUGGACAUGAUCCCGCUCCCCAUCAAGGACGAUCUACAGUACACCGCGGAUGUGUUCGCGCUGCUCAUGGCCCAGAAAUAUGCCAAUGAGGUGUUGUUCCAGAUCCUCGACAUGUGUCAUAGAAUGAUCACCAAUGCCCAGGUCACAAAGCACACGCUUUCCACGCUUCUGAAGAGCUUGUGCACUGUGCUCACCCACGAGCCCAUCAUGCAAGAAAACAAGUUUCGGAUUGCCGUCUCGUUGCGGUACUUCAAGAACUUGAUUGAUAUGUGGCCCACCAUCAGAAUUCCGUACAAGGACCGGUUCCAUACUGUACAAGAAAUCGUCGAGCACAAGAUUAGUCAACAACAUAUCGACCAGCUGUUCAUUUCAUAUGACAUGACCAUGGAGGAUGCCUCGGACGAUGAUGAUCUGGAGAAGAGCGUGUCACUCGAUACAGUCGAGUCUCUGGAGUUGACAUCAAUCAGUCUGGCCAUUGAUGAGGAUAUCAACAAAAGUAGUACUCGUGCCAUCGAAGAAUUUAUACCGCGGCCAAAUGUGCCCAAGUACGCCUCGAUGCCAGCUACUCAGACCACAGCACAACCUCAAACGAGUGUACCACUUGAAGUACAACCAUCUGCUGAAGAAAAGAAGAAGCCUCUAGUUCCGCCUGCAAGGGCUACCGAAGAAAUUCACGAAAAGCUUUCGCAGUUGGACCUCAACAAAGCCAUUCCUCGAAAGCCAGAGGUAACGAUUCAAUUUCCUCCUCAGAAGUACAAAUUCGAGCGGAAAGAGUCUGUUGCGAAAUUUGUCAUUCCCGCUGAAGCAGCGCCCAAGCCGCCAGUGAAAAAGCCCGUUGUACGGGGACGCAAGGUCGGCGAACUCGCCCGAUUAUUUGAAGAGCGUGCUGAGGCCAUGCAUCUUUUGCAAACAUUGUAA